ACCAGACGAGAGCUUAGGUGUGCACAGUAAUUCAAAAGUGUAGCAAAUUUACUUUGGCUACCGCUGCAAAUCACUUAAUUGGAAAAUUAUACUGACAAACAGAAAUCCAUAUAAAGUGUAAUUUUUCUUUUAAUAGGUAUUUUCAAUCAAUUGCUGCAACCAACCUGGGCAAAAUAUGCGUGUAUAUAUUUAUAUAUUAUUACUGCUAACAUCAUUGAUUUCCUAUGGACAUGGAACAGGAGAGCAAAAGGAGCAAGAUCCAAAUGAUCCGAAAUACCAAAAGCUGGCUGAAGAAGUAGUACGUUUCCACUUGAAUGUAAAGAAGCGGGAUACAAAAAAAGUAACAGUGUCUAAGGUUACGACACAACUAGUGGCAGGACUCCUCACUAGAAUACAAUUCCGUGUUUUUCUCGUCAACGGUAAAUCCGCAAUGUGCAAUUCUGAAAUAUGGGACCAACCUUGGAAAGAUUUAAGAGUCGUAACUUAUAAAUGUGACUCACUGUUUUCCAAUAAACGACUAAGCUCCAUUUCCAAAAAACGACUAAGUUCCAAAGUCAAUUCUAGACCUGCAGUAGCACGGGACCCUAAAAAUCCUAAAUACCUAAAUUUAGCAAAUCUGGCUCUUGAUACUUUCUUUAAAACUCCAGGCAAUAAACUUUUUAACAAAGAAGAUAUAAAAGCAGUAUCUGUAACAAGUGUAAAAGUAAAGAUAGCUUCACAAAUAACAAAUGCCCUUGUUUUCGACGUUACCACUCUCAAUAAUGGUCAAUUUGAAUGUGAGGGUGCAGUUUUGGAAUCACCGUGGAAAACUGUAGAUACAAUUGAAGUUACUAAUAUAAAAUGUGAUAUCAGUAAAGGAGAUGCAUCAAAAGGACUUCUUAUGGGACUGUCGGGUAAAAAUCAAGUGAUUGGCGGCCAAGUGCGUCAAAACCCUAAAGACUUUAAAUAUACACAGUUAGCGAAAGAAUCUUUUAAAAAGUACCUUCAAUCGCACACCAGCGUUAUGAUAAGUGUUAAAAAACUAACAGUCGACAAGGUGACCACCCAAGUAGUAGCUGGAACCAUGAUACGCAUUGAUUUCCGUGUUGAUCCUACCAAGGGGUCAACAGUUCCUUGUAGAUCUGAAAUUUGGGAAAAAGUUGAUGAUACAUUGGAUUUUAAUGUGAUAUGUCAGUUGAAUGAUAAAAAAGUAGGAGGUCAAAAUGAGCAAGAUCCGAAAGAUCCCAAGUAUAAACGACUAGCAGAAGAAUCUUUUCAAAAAUAUCGGAACACUUAUAUUGGCCCCCUAUUUAUUGUUAAAGAGAUUAAGGUGACCAGAGUGACUACACAGGAAGUUGAAGGUGUAAGAACUAAACUCGAUUUCAAUGUAAUUACUGACUCAAACCUCAGAUACGACUGCCAUUCUGAGGUUUUGGAACAACCAUGGCGUCAAAUUAAAGAUAUUACAGUUAUAUGUGACCCGCUUAACAUGUUAUCUGCUUUUGCAAACAGUCCGAAAGUUAAUGAUGAUGUUGAUGAACGUUUAGGGGGCCAAACAAACGAAAAUCCCAAAGAUCCUAAGUACAAGAAACUAGCAGACGAAUCUUUUAAGAGAUACUUACAGUCGCACACAAGUGUUAAAAUUAGCGUUAAAAAACUAACGGUCGACAAGGUCACCACCCAAGAGGUAGCUGGAACCAUGACACGCAUUAAUUUUCAUGUUGAUCCCAUCAAAGGUUCAACAAUUCCUUGUAAAUCUGAAAUUUGGGAAAAAGUAGAUGAUACAUUGGAUUUUAAUGUGAUGUGUCAGUUGAAUGAUAAAAAAGUAGGAGGUCAAAAUGAGCAAGAUCCUAAAGACCCCAAGUAUAAACGACUAGCUGAAGAAACUUUUCAAAAAUAUCGGAAUACUCAUAUUGGCCCCCUAUUCGUUGUUAAAGAAAUUAAGGUGACCAGAGUAACUACACAGGAAGUUGAAGGAGUAGCCACUAAACUCGAUUUCAAUGUAAUUACUGACUCAAACCUCAGAUACCAUUGCCAUUCUGAGGUUUUGGAACAACCAUGGCGUCAAAUUAAAGAUAUUACAGUUAUAUGUGACCCACUUAACAUGUUAUCUGCUUUUGCAAACAGUCCGAAAGUUAAUGAUGAUGUUGAUGAACGUUUAGGGGGCCAAACAAACGAAAAUCCCAAAGACCCUAAGUACAAGAAACUAGCAGACGAAUCUUUUAAGAGAUACUUACAGUCGCACAAAAGUGUUAAAAUUAGCAUUAAAAAACUAACGGUCGACAAGGUCACCACCCAAGAGGUAGCUGGAACCAUGACACGCAUUAAUUUUCAUGUUGAUCCCAUCAAAGGUUCAACAAUUCCUUGUAAAUCUGAAAUUUGGGAAAAAGUUGAUGAUACAUUGGAUUUUAAUGUGAUGUGUCAGUUGAAUGAUAAAAAAGUAGGAGGUCAAAAUGAGCAAGAUCCUAAUGACCCCAAGUAUAAACGACUAGCUGAAGAAACUUUUCAAAAAUAUCGGAAUACUCAUAUUGGCCCCCUAUUCGUUGUUAAAGAAAUUAAGGUGACCAGAGUAACUACACAGGAAGUUGAAGGAGUAGCCACUAAACUCGAUUUCAAUGUAAUUACUGACUCAAACCUCAGAUACGAUUGCCAUUCUGAGGUUUUGGAACAACCAUGGCGUCAAAUUAAAGAUAUUACAGUUAUAUGUGACCCUGUUAACACGUUAUCUGCUUCUGCAAAUCAUCUGAAAUUGAAUGAUGGUGUUCAUGAGCAUUUUGUCGGUGGCCAAACAAAUCAAGAUCCCAAAAAUCCUAAGUAUAAAAAAAUUGCCGAAGAAUCUUUCGAAAAGUAUCGCCGUGAUCAUAUUGGUCUUCUUUUUACAGUUAAAGAGCUUAAGGUGAUAAAAGUAACUACUCAAGUAAUUUCAGGAGUAAUUACUCGACUCGAUUUCAAAGCGAUUCCUACCAAAGGCAAUGUAUUGCAAUGCCAUUCUGAGAUUUUAGAGCAACCAUGGCUACAAAACAAAGAUAUUAAAAUAAAAUGCUUCUCACCUUCUAAACUAACACUAUCUAAAUCUGCACAAGCAAAACUUACAGAGGGGCUUAACAUAAUAGAUGAAGCAAUUACCAAUUAUUUUGAAAAUUUUGAUACUAAGCUAUGGAAAGUUGAGGACAGCCAGAUUAGGAGUUUUGACCAAAUGCGGACACGUUAUGGUAAAGAAGAUAUUAGUUAUAAUAAAGUGGACGUAUUCGCAUCCAACAGGUAUGGUGAUUACAGUUAUUACAAUUGCAGUGUGGUUUUUGCACAAAAUAAACUAAUUGGCGUAAAUUGUAAUAAAGAUACUUCGCUGUUCGGUAGAUCUGAUUGGAUGGAUCCUUCUGAUAAAAAAUAUUUUACUUUAGCCGAAAGAGCGAUACAACAAUACGUCAGAACUACAAAAAACAAAGUUGGUCUGGUAGGAAGGUAUGACGUCGUAGUAACUUUCGUUAUCAGUCGUUUAGCUGCAGGCACGUGGUAUGCCAUACAAUUCGUGGUUCGACCGCUUAAGGAGGGUGUGAACGGAUUGAGGUGCUACACAAAAGUUUGGCAAGACUUGAACGGAAUACAAACAAUCACUGAAGUAAAUUGUGAAUAUAAUAAUAAUAGUCAAAAACGGUUCAAUGCGUAAAUUAUAGGUCGCUGAAUAGCCUAUCAACGUUUUAAUGUUUAUCUGCCAUGUAACACAAGAGAUACCAUUUAUACAGUUCUCGAUUUUGCAAUAAACGUGACCAUAAUAUCACUGUCAUUACAUGUUAUAUUGAUCGCGUUUUAUUACGAAUCUUGUAGUUGGAUACUUAGGCGUUUGUUUUCUUCAGAUAAAUAAAACACGUUUCCAUUUAA